AUGGCUGCACGCUCGGCUCUACACGAAGGAGCCAACCCCGAGGCAAAACCGUCGGUAAAGCUCGGAGACCGUCCAUCCGAAAGCUUCCAACGGGUGCUCGGGGCCUGCUCUUUGGUUAUUCAACUGCUAAUAUUUUGCGGAGGUUACUACUUGUGGCCGUCUCUAGUUCCCGUCCCAAAGGCUAGGGACUUCGACACGAAAGCCGUCUACACGCUCCGCUGUCUCCUUCCACCUCUCCUCGCCCUCGCCUUCGCAAUUGUCAAAGUCGCCAUGAUGAGAUUCCUUGGGUAUGCCAAGAAUCCGAUGGGCAAAGACGAGCUAAUUCAAAAGGACAAGAACUUUCUCCAGAACACACUAGAGCAGCUGGCGUUGUUCUUACUCACUGUAGGCGCAGUAAUGACCUACCUGGAAGGAGAGGAAAUGCGUCUGAUUCCGCUCCACAGCUUCACCUUUUUUAUUGGCAGGAUUCUGUAUCGUCUGGGUUAUCCUGACUACAGGAUUGUUGGUUUUUUUAUGACUGUUUUUCCUAGUGCCGUUUUAGGAGGGCUUACUGUGUAUUUUAUGUUUACUCGUGGGUUUGAUAGCUAA